UGGCAACAAAGGUUCUGCCUCAUCAACUCUCCUCCUUUUCCCCUCUAAAAACAUACCAGAAUAAAACAAAAUCAAUGAAAAGAACAAUAAACACAAUUGCUCUAGUUCUAUAGCUCAUUAAGAACUAAAAAAUAUGGCAUUUAACAGUAGAGGUGAUGGAAAGAUUUAUGUUGGAAAUUUGCCACCUGAUAUUCGAGAAUGUGACAUUGAGGAUCUGUUCUGCAAAUUUGGCAGGAUCAUUGACAUUGACCUCAAGAACAAACGAGGACCGCCUUUUGCUUUUGUAGAAUUUGAUGAUCCAAGGGAUGCCUCGGAUGCAAUAGAGAAAAGAGAUGGCUACCCUUAUGAUGGCUACAAAUUAAGAGUUGAAUUUCCACGUGGAACGUUGGGAACAAGGGGGAGAGGGAGAGGUGGAAAAGGCAGUGGUCCGUCAAGAAGAACAGAGUAUAGGGUCUUUGUCAAAGGUUUACCACCAACAGGCAGCUGGCAGGACCUAAAAGACCAUAUGCGAGAAGCUGGUGAUGUAGCAUUUGCAGAUGUCUACAAGGAUGGUACCGGCAUGGUAGAAUUCCUUAGAAAACAGGACAUGAAAUAUGCGGUUAAAAAAUUAGAUGGAACAAAAUUCAGAUCUCAUGAGGGUGAAACGUCGUACAUUAGGGUAAUGAAGGACCGUGGAGGAAGAUCAAAACGUUCUCGAUCUCGAAGUAAAAGUUGGUCGCCGCGUCGUACGAGAGGAUCGCCCAGUUAUUCUCCAAUGAAGCGUUCAUACUCACGAUCACGGUCUAGUUCUAGCUCAAGCUCUAGUUCUAGGUCAAGGUCAAGGUCAAGGUCGCGGUCACCAUAGUGAUCUGGCUGAAUUAUCACUUUUAAUGUGAUAUAGAAAGAAAACUGCAAAGCUGAUGUAGGUUUCUUGCCUUAUUCAUUCAGGUAUUGAUGAAAAAAGGUACAUCCAUUGGUAACUCAAUUAGGGACUGUAGUAACCCACUUGUAUUCAAUACACUGGGCAGUAGAUGUAGUAGCACAUCAGUCAUGUCAGUUGUCUUUACAGUUUUAAGUCUGGUGCUUGAUAUUUUAACCCAUUGAGAUCUGGAUAGUCACAACUCAUGCUAAAUAGGUGCUCUUGUGUUGUUUUUGUUGGAUCAAACUGAUUUGUUUACAUCGAGCUAGUGCUUGCCGUAUCUAGUCAAGGUUGUUUUGAGUGAGAAAACAAAGGCAAAUUGUUCUCACCUGAUUGACACCUGUCUCAAAGAGAUUUCUGUCAACCACUGCUUCAUUAUUGUGGAGUCAUCCCAUUUCAAUCAUUCCAUCAGAUCAAUUGUGAUGCAUUCCAUGAUCUUGUCAAGAUUAAUUAAUAUAAACAAAAUGAUUACUUUCGAUCAUUUUUACUAACCUUAUACCAAAACUAAGGUUGAUUUCUGUUGCCAUAGUUAUAAAUCAUGAAUUUAAAACCAUUAAUAAUAGAAAAAAGACAUUGUUGUGGAAUAAACUAAAAUAUCAAAUCAUAUGAAGAUUGAGUCUGGGGCUGAUGAGAUAAUCUUUGAUUAUAACAGUGAAAUAUAAAUUUGGUUUGAACCCAUUUUACUGUUUGAUCAGGUUGAGAUUGUUUCCAUCAGAAUUAGAUCUGAGUCGAACGUUGAAAUUCGGCUACAGUUUAUUUAACAUUCCUGGUAUUACAUUUCAAAUAUAUUCACUUCUUUUCAUUCCUGAGCAUUUUUUGUGUUAUCACAUUAUUCACUUUAUAAUCAAAUUUUCCCAUUUCAAAUUUUUGGUUUUUUAAUCGCUCACUCUUGGCAUAGGACUAGGAGUAGGAUUUUUCACCCGAGGUAAAUAUCUCUAGUCAGUAUGUUAAUGAAAACCUGUAUCAUUCAACCCUUCCUCGAGAUUUUGCCAUAAACUGUCCAUUUUGCCAUAAACUGUCGUUUUUGCCCAUUACACUGCCACUGAUACUUGAGUGUGUUCAACUUCAAUCUUUCAUGAUACCUAUGUUCUCAUUCCUGCUCUCUGAUAAAUUAGACCAAGAAAUUAGCUGCACUCUAGAUUUUCUUGAAAUUGAAUUGUUCUGGUAAUGGUACAAUAAAAAACGCUAUUAUCAAAAUUUCAAACACAAAAUGAAAUGUGCAAUCAAUAGAAUUAUACAGACAAGUCCGUUCUGACAUUCUAAGCAUUGCGCUUGUUCUCCUAAAAGUUGCACUUUGUAGCACUUAUUUUCCAUGUUACUUGGUAGCCGGCAGUUAUGUUCUGCUUUUGAUUUAAGAGCUCUAUGUAAAGAACAUUCUGAAUUGAUCUGUAAACAAGGUCCAAUUAAUAAUUUCUUCCUGCUCUAUUGUUGGAAUAAAUACUGGUGUGUGCAAUAACGUAUCAAAUGUUAUGUUGAAAUCAUUACGACUGGUUCGAAUUCUGGUAAAUGGGCGUAAUUGAUAACUGUGUUUGAUUUGCCAAAUUAUUGAUUCCAGAUUUGAUACUUCAUGUCUGUACUGUAAAAUCACUCUUUCCUGACUGAUCAGAUGUCCUUUUGCAAUGUAAGACUUCUUCACUGGUAUUGUUCAGCCAGCAAACCAGAAAAGUCUAGGUUUCUUGGAAAAUAUAUUUUUCUGGGGGACAGUAUGCCCAGGUCAAAGAAAGUGAUUUUGCGGUAUGUUUCUUUGUGUUUUUGUUGUGAUUUUUGUCUGUGAAUUACCAAUGUAGAAUCUCUAAGAUACUAAGCUGUAUAUGGAAUUUUAAGAUUGUUGCCUAUGAUAACUGUUUGUGGUGGGAUAUGAUUUAUGAGCCUACACCUUAUUUUGCAAUUGCUCAGCUGAAAUUAUUGUGGCUCUUUUAGAAAUUAGAUAUUUAUGAAUACUCUACACCAUUUCAUUUACACGAUAUAUAUAAUUGUAGUUGUUGUUUUAUUUUGUUAAAUAUUAUGAUAUUUAUUUAUUAGUAUGUACAAAUCUAUCUCUCUAAACUAUAUAGUCUUUGAAACGUGAUCUCAUCUGAUACUUCUAGCACUGGGUUGCAUUCCUGAUAAUGUUGUAAAGAAUGGUUGAAUUUCCUAUAUUGUUCAACAAUUCUUUGAGAAUUUUACUCAUGGAUAUGCUUGUAAUUAAAACUGAGUUAAGAAAAUGGACAAGACCAACACCUUGUCUCAUGUUUUGCUAAUACAUAAAUCAAUGAAUGUAAUUGCAUUCCGUAAUUUUAGUGCAAAGUAUCAUAUUGCCUGUCUGCAUCAUCCCCAAUCAUUGCCAUUGUCUGUGUUUUUAAGCUUAAGCUUGUAUUGAAGUGUUCACCUGUAAAAGGGCACAAUUUGUUUUACAAAGUAGUUUGGGCCAUUUUUAGGCUCAAGAACUAGAACUUUAGACAGAAGAAGGCUUGAUCAUGCAGCCAUUACAAGAGCCGUAAAAACAUGCACAGUUCAGUUUGUAACAAUAUAACUCAUCUGAAUGAAACCAAAUGUGUCCUUUGAUAGUAACAACACUUCAAAACUUUUUUGAUUACUUUCCAUGACGAUUGUAAAAUAAGAGAUUCUUUUAUGUUUUCUUAGAUACUUAAUGUGUUUUCGUCAAAGGACGGCAAUAGGCUAGGAGACGAUUUAGGAUUUUCUAGUCACUGGAUUUCACUGAGGACGAUGACCGGUAUGAUGACUUUAUCCUUCGCGCAAUU